CGCCUUACGGUAUCUGAUCGCAGGUGAACGACCGUACAAGUGCCAUUUACCGGACUGCGGGCGGGCCUUCAUCCAACUGUCGAAUUUGCAGCAACACCUGAGGAAUCACGACGCUCAGGUGGAGCGGGCGAAGAACCGGCCGUUCCACUGCAACAUCUGCGGCAAGGGCUUCGCCACGGAGUCCAGCCUCCGUACCCACACGUCGAAGUGUUCGAAGUACCCAUGGCAACGAUUAAAGGAGUUGCAACAGCGUGUUGUGUUCCAGCAACACGCCGCCCUGAUCGGCGGCCCGAACGCAACCAGCUGUCCAGUAUGCCACAAGCUUUUCCUCGGCGGCGAGGCGCUGAUGGAGCACAUGAAGCACACCCACAAGGAUCCGAACGCCUCCGGAGUUGCCAUUCCCUCCGCUGACUGCACAACCUCCGUUGCCGGGGUUUACCUAGCGAAGCGACGGACCGCCAACCACCCGUGCCCCGUGUGCGGGAAGCACUACGUCAACGAGGGUAGCCUUAGGAAGCAUCUGGCCUGCCAUCCUGAGACCAGUCAACUUAGCACGAGCCUCAGGAUGUGGCCGUGCUCGGUGUGCCAGGCCGUCUUCACUCAUGAAAGCGGUCUCCUGAGCCACAUGGAGCACAUGAGGAUGGAUCCGAAGCAUCAGUUUGCGGCGCAAUAUGUGCUGAGCCGCGCGGCCGCCGAAAGGCGGGAAAGGGAGAUUCUCGCGAGUUCGAGUUUAGGAGCUGGUUUGGGCGUGUUGGGGGGAAGUCAGUCCGGAGGACCACAAAAUUUGCAACAACCACCAAUGUGCCCGUCGCCGUCGGCCCAUUCGGACAGCAGUAGCGGCAACGGAAGACUCUCGUCGGCCGGUAGUGAACCUGAUUUUUGCGCAGGCACCGGUCUACUGAACAAUAACAACAAUAACAACAAUAACAACAUGGCGUCGCCGGGGCCGAGCAGCAACAAGCUCAGCGAGAUACUGCGAACGGGUAGUCAACCGGGUUCGGCACAGCAAUAUCACGACGAGAUGCAAUCGCAGCAACAACGCAUGGCUGUCAUGGCUGCCGUCUCAGCGGGAUUGCAAAAUUCCGUGUCGCCUAAUCUCUCGCCGGUCGACAUGGCGUCGCUCGCGGCGGCCAUGAGAAUGGGCAACAAUGGUGACAUGAGCGGUGGCACUCAAGGAUCGACGGGACCCCAACAGCAAGGAGUUCAAGCGAGCGGACCGGAGCAGGCCCUGAGGAUGCAUCAGGCGGAAGCUCUGCUCCGUUCCCAAGCUGAAGCUGCCUUGAGACUCGCGGUAUCUCAAGCGGCGGCAGCCGCGGCAAGUUCUGCGGUGGGCGGCGACGUGAGGCAUCAUCUGGGACAGCACAACGGAGGCAGCACUUCCGGCAUGCCAGGGCAUCAUACGAAUCAACAAAUGUCCCAACAAGACACCUUAACGCCGGAUCUCGGAGAAGCGUUACGGCUACAGGAGCAGCGAUUAGAGCAGGCUCUCAGGCUCCACGGUGGUGAUCCGCGCGCCCUGAGCUUCACUCUAGCCCAGCAUGUCGUCAACCAGCAGAGCAAUCAGCAACCAUGAAAAUUCAGUUACUACUGAGACGAGUGGACCCCUUGGGCGCCGGAUCAGACGACCCUGCAGCAAAACGAGCGCAUGAACCAACAGCAAUCGUCAGCGGAACGUACGACACCGUUGCACGAUCAACAGCAUCAGCAGCAACAGCAGGGCCCGUCUUCCAUCGGUCAUCAUCAGCAGCCGCAACAACAGCAGCAGCCUGAAGACCGUGGCGUCAAGAGAAAAGCCGACGAGAUGAUCGGUAACUCCGAGAACGCGUAAGGGCGAUUACGAUCGUUGCCGGCGACGUGACGGAACGUACGUCAUCGUCGUCGCUGAUGUAACUCGCCUCUGCGUCCAAGUGCGGUCACCAGAAUUUCGCUCAUCGUCUCAGCAGUAAGAAAACGUCAAACAAACGGAAGGACAUUGUGAGAGAGAAUGUGUACUUCGGUGUCUUCCUACUCGGAUAGAACCGACAUGAGGCCGGACCUCAACCGGAAACUGGCCGAGGGUGUCUCACCCUCCGGUCGACGAACUCUCCGGAUGAGGCCGCGCUGGAUGAAGGGAGAAGAGUGAGAAUACGUACGUGUAUAGCAAAACCGUUGCACGGCGCGAGACGGGCAGGAUCGCAAUGGCGACGGUCGUCUCUCUCGCGAUUCCCUGUACGUAUUUCCCGCACGGAUGUUUCGCGUCGUUGUUCCUACACCGGUUCUGAAUCCAAGGAUCUGUCGAAUGGACCCCGGCGAGGCGGCGUUUCCCACGUCGUCUUCGCGUCUCGUUAGGAUUCUCAGGACACGUCGCCACUGCCAUGCCGCCGUCUCGACUCCCGAAACGUGCCAUAAUAACUAACGAGAAGCUGGUUUUAAAAACAGAACAACAAUAAGUCAUCCCGGGCGUCCCGUUCCGGGAUGGUCCGGGGUGCGCCCCGAGGUGUACUAUGAUCUUUUAGUACAAGAGCUGAUCAAGCGGUACGCGACGGUGACGAGGGUCCAACGGGCGAUCCUCGACCGUCUCGUGCUGGCCAGGCUCAACAAACCUAAACUAUAUAUAAAUAUUAUACAUACAUAGAUACGUCUAUCUCCACCGAACCGCGCUUAAAAGGUUCCACCCCCGUAAUUCCCGUAAUCGUAAAAAGAAAAGCCUCCCAUAAUGGUUAAAAGAGCGAGUCGCAUACCAAUAACACCCCACGUACGCAGGCUCAUCGUGACGUGUGCGUCGCGCGGUCGCGGCGAACGUUCCACCACCGGCGAGUGGUGUCGUGUCGUCGCGUUGUACGGUUGUUAAUUAUAUACGUACCGAAAUCCCCUUCCCCGUGUGUGUGUGACAGACGGACGCGACGCAAUCCGUACGGACGUUCUCUCACUUGCGAUCAGCGUUUCGCGCGGCGACGACAAAGCAACGUUGACAUUUCGCGGAUGAGAAACGAACGUUGUCGGACGUAACGCGUCGGGACAGAUACGUACGCGCACACACACACACACACACACACACACGUGUACUACACACCACACACGUAAAUACAUUACACAUAACAUUACACAUAUGUACACAUGUACAAUACAUGUAUUACAAAACUCAUCAGCAGCACACUUUUAAGGUGAAGAUAUAAUGCGCGCAACUUGUGCUCGUCGGUAGCACGAAAACUAUUAGCUCGUAAGCGAACAAACAAAAUAUAGUUAUUACAAACAGUUAUAUUAUAUAUAUUAUAUAUACAUACAGAGUAUGAAGAGAGUAUGACAGAGACAAAAAAAAAACGGGCGAAACCCAUUCACACUUACACGUUUAACUGAAGAAGGUGCGGUAAGCGUGAAAGAGCGAGCAUUUUUCGUGAGCAAAGCACGCGACGGAGAAGAGAGAAAUAAAAAAACUAAAUGCUAAAUAUUAUAUAUAUUAUAUAUAUAAAUAUUAUAAAUAAUGAAUAUAGGGUCUAUGAGACUAGGAUUAGUUAGGCGAAAGGGAAAAACGAGCGAGUGCGGAGCGCGCGCCCACGUAGAUUUUACGCGAUUCCAAGCAUUGUCGACGUGAGAAUGCGACAGCACAGGGGGGGGGGGAGCGAGAAGGAGACGGUUGGAGAACGUGUGCGUAAGCGAGAAAGAGUGGGAGAGCGAGAGAGGGAGAGAACGCGACUCGAAUACGUGAAUGAUUUUACGAAUGAACGACCUUGGGAUCAGCGUAGACGCGCGGGCGCGCCAUCGAGCGAACGGGCAGAUCGAGUAAAUGUGAAUGCUUCGUGAGCAUCAAGGAGGAGCGAAUGUGAAGACGAGAGUGAGACUUUAGAGUGGCGUGCUUCAGGUAAUCUGAGGUCCUGUGAUCGUUAUAAGCGAAAUAUUUUUUUAUUUCCGGGUAAUAUAAUCUGAAACGCGCGUAAAACUCUUGCGUCGUUUUGAACUUUUACUUGCAAUAUACCAUUACGUUCUCGCAAUACUUAGGAUGAAGAAGAAUAAGAAGAAGACGAAUAGGAAAUAAAGAAGGUGGAUGAACAAAAAAAAGGAACAAAAAGCAAAAGAUGAUACGAAGAUGAGGAUGACGGGAGAGAGGAAGAAUAUGAAGAAAAAUCCAUAGGUUUGAUCGUGGAGCGAACUUUUAGAGACUCGAGCCAAUCCCUUGCCCUCCUGCAACAAUCCUUUUCACGGCAUCAUUCCAAAUCUCCAAAGCCAACCAAAUUUUCCACCCUGUCCAUUUUUCCUUGAUCAAUCUUUGACCAAACUCGUGUAUCAUCCGUAUUUUCGAUGGGGUUAUAUCUUUCGAUAAGACCAAACGAGACGCUGACUGUAAAAUAUCCCGGAGAGAAACACCUUUUUCGUUGGAAAUAAUUUUCUCGGAGCGCGAAUUCCCAAGAGAAAGCAAAAAAUCGACGGAGAUUUAAAGAGGCAAUUUAAAAAAAUCAAAGGAAAAAAGAAGCAAAGAAGGGAAAACAUUGAAAAGUCGAUUCGAUGAGCAUUCACCUACGAUUCGAUUUCUUCGGUUCUUCGACUGGCAAUCGCGGAUUAAUAGAGUGCGGAAUUGAAUGGUAGCGUGCCGAAUUUGUUUAUGCAUCCUUGAAUAUCAACGUUGACCGCGUUUUACUGUUAUUGUUUCCUUUCGGAAAUUGUCGAUGAGGUCUUUCGUUUUUUUGGGACCGGCUUGUUUUUGAAAAUUAACCUCCCGACCUCUUCCAAUCCUUACUUUCUACCCGAAAAAACUCUCCCUUACUUCCGAAAUCACGACUUCCCAAAUCCUGUCAAAUGAAAUUUCGCCUACGAAUAUAAUUGAUAAAAUCUUUUCUCUCGCUACGUUUGGAAAUCGUUCUUUCUGGGAAACAAACUGUAAGAAAUUGUCUAAAACAAAAUUCUUCCCUUUCAUGAUGUAUAUAUCCCCUUACCAUCUUUCAUGUCCAUUUGUUCGCCAAUUACGAAAAUAACCUAACGUCGUCAUCUUCGUUGAACGUAAAAGACACGCGCCGAAAAGCCGCCGGAUAGCUAGGCUUUUUGACCAUCUGGGACGAGAGAUGAAAAGAUCGCUAAGGGAUUCAUCGUCAAAGCUACAUUUAACGAUCGCACUCGUCUCGCGAUUGGAACUCGACGGAUACGUUCCGCGGUACGUUCUCUUAAGAAAAAUUUGCAAAAAUUUGCGACUUCCUCGAAACUGUUUCUCACUGUUGGGAUUAAUUAUAUGCAAAAUAUGAAUUUAAAAAUUGGAAAAAAUUGGAGAAAAUUUCUAAUGUUUGAAUUUAUCUUCAUUUUUUGCAAGAGAGAGAGAGAGAGACAGAGACAGAGAGAAAGGUAUGAGCGGACUUCCUCGAGUUCCAGCGAUCGCAACCGCGGGUCGAUUCAUUGAUCGUUAUUAUUAAAGUUUUUGCGUUACAGGGCGUUUUUUCCUCGGAUUAAGUAGUAUGUAAAUACACCUUGAUAUCACAAGCAUAAACUGAGAAUUUACUGGUAAACUUAAACGAACGUACAUAAUGCGAAAUAGGGUUAGUUUCUAUGUAAAUACCUAAAGCUGGACGAGUGCAUACACCUCGUUCACGCAACCAACGAUAAUCGUUUCUUAUCGAACCAGAGCUUCUGUUCGUCGUCGAUGCGUGCCCACGACGAUCAGCGAUCGCUUCCGCCUGUCCGGUCUCGCUACCGCCCCCCCCCAGGGGUGGACUUUACAUCUGCGAGAAAGGGUCAUAGAAGCGUUCGCUAUCGUUCGGGCACCACCGAUCGGGAAAUUCUUUUUUUUUUCUCGACACUGAUACUCUGACACACUAAUACACUUACACACAGACACUUACACUAUACGGCAUUGCGAUGGAUUGUACAGCUAGGAAUACAUUUAAAAUGCAAUCGUCGCACAUUUCGACGCCCACUUAACAUCGUAGGGAUCGAUUUUUCGAAAAAUUUCCAUUGGCAAAAAUUCGCGAACAUUAAAAUAUAUAACGGGUAAAAAGUUUCUACUCUUCCAAGUGAAAAAUGCGAACGUGCUACAUGACACUGAGAAUGGAAGAAAAUUUAAAAGAGAGUGCGGAUGCAAAAUUAAUAAAUUUGGAAAUCUGUUUAGCGAAAGAGUGCCAGUCAAUAUCGGAGCGAGUUUCAGAAUGAACGAUGGAGCGAAUGAAAUAGAAUUUAGUCAGGCAAGGCUGUUAGCACGUGUCGCGCGGUUGAAACGCGACGUAAAUUUUCGAGUCAAAAUUCGCGAGUCAACAAACGAUUUUUAAAUAAAUCAUAAUUUCAUUUUGCGAUCUCUAAUUGAGCGUCGAAAGAUAUCGAGAACGGUGCACGAAACGGUAGUAAAAGCGCGAAAGAGCGAAAUAAGAAACGGAAGGAUGGAAAGGGACAUCUGCGUUACUACUCACCACCAUCUCACUAUCACCAUCACCAAAAGAAUAAAAAAAAAAACAACAACGACAACAAUACAAAACACUACCACCACUACCACGUCGAGAUCCUUCAUGAUGAUCGCGGUCAUGAAACGAUUGACAGACGGACUGUUUUCGACCGGUGCAUCCUGCCGUGCGCCGAGGGUUGCUUUUUCAAUCAGUAAAGCGACACGAUGAUCGGGAUAGCUAUCAAGUUACCCCCCGAUCACAAUUAAAUCGUACAUCCCCGCGCGAAAAGGAAGAAUUCCCGAGGCGCCGGCCCAUGCCCCGCGAACGUGUACCAUAAUUUUAAAUUUAAACGAAAGGUAAUGCAAAAAAACACAAGCGCGUUAAACAAUAGAUCUAGUAGUGUAUGUUCUGUAAUCAACUGAGAAGUAAGCGAGGAUAAAGAUAAAGAAAAAGUAAUAA